CGCUGUUGUCGCUGCGUGCCCCCAGCCCCACGGACCACGCCCCCCAGCCUGUCCGCCCACCAAUCUGUCAGCCUGCUAAUCUGCCAGUCCGCCGACCCGCCAGCGGAAUGGAGCCGCUGUGCUACCUGGCGCUGAGCGUCCUGCUGGCCAUCAUCGUGGUCUACGGACUCCUGGAGCUCCACUACUUCCUGCGCAUGUGCCUCUGUGUUGUGCUCGCCCGGUUUGUGAAGAGGCGCUGCCACAUCCUGGAUACCACCACGGUUAACGGUCUCUGCCUCACCAACGAUGUGGACACAUUGUUGUACCAUAUGAACAACGCUCGCUAUUUCCGCGAGCUGGACUUCGCCCGCGUAGACUUUUACGAGCGGACCAACCUGUACCGCACCAUCACGGGAAUGGGCGGUUCCGUUUUCCAGGGGGCGGCCACCAUACGCUACCGCCGCUUCAUUCGCCCCUUUCACCGUUUCAACAUUAUUUCGCGGAUUAUUUACUGGGACGAGCAGUCCCUAUUCAUGGAGCACCGCUUUGUGCGUCCGUCGGACAAGUUCGUGCACUGCAUCGCCAUCUGCCGGCAGCGGGUGAUCGACGUGUCCAUGGAGGCGGUGAUGUCGGAGCUGCUGCCCAGGACCUCCUCCAACGGAUUCCGGGCGACGGUGCUGACCUCGCUGGCUGCUCCGUCGCCGUCGGCUGGUGGCAUAAGCAAUCCCGCGAUGGACACGUCGCUGGCGGAGAACGGACAUGGGACGACGAGCGGUGGAGCGACGGGCACGGGUGCCACGGCCAGCGCGACCACGGCGCACUGCCUCAAGCUGAAGCCCUCGCUGCCGCCGGAGUUGGCCAAGUGGAUCGAGUACAACGAUAUGUCGAGCAAGAAUCUACGCAGCGACUGCUGACUGGAAUCGUUGGAGUCGCCACAAGCGGAUGCGCAACCGGAAACGGAAACGCCCAUUAAUACAUGUUUUUUUUUUUGUCUCGCGUGCUUGUGUGUGUGAGUGUGCGUGCUAAAGUGUGCUAAUGUUUAAUGUCUAAGUGUGAACGUGGAUUGUUUGUAUUGUAAGCUAUGUAAGGGUCUGUAAAACAAAUAAGAAAAACCCGCCCUCUUAUGGCCUUAACUAAUGUAUUGUAUAAUUACCCAGAGAUCAGCCACGCCCCCCGAACAAUGAACAAAAUACAAAUAAAACUCCUUGGUAGUCCACAGUGUGUAAGCUAUGAUGUACAAUGAUUGUUUAGUAAAUGAACAAACUAAUGUGAAAAAAGA